CCUGGUUCCUGCAGGGGGCAGCGGCGUGGCCGAGCCCCGCCCGCCGUGCAGCCGCCAUCGCCUUCCCCGGCAACGCUGCGCCCCCCGCGGGGUCCGCCCGCCCCUCGGCGGCGCUGCCGCCGCCGUGCCCCGGGGCUCGGGGCUGCUCCAUGCCGCAUGGCAGCCAUGCCCUGCUCCCAGCCGUCCGCCAGCAAGAGGCACAUGAGCUCGGCGCCCGGGGAGCCCUCCAUGAGGCUCCGCUUCACCAAGCUCUCCAAGAACGCCUUCGCACCCUCCAGGGGCUCCGCUCGAGCCGCGGGCUACGACUUGUACAGUGCCUACGACUGUGUGAUACCACCUAUGGAAAAGGCUGUAGUGAAAACAGACAUUCAAAUUGCCCUUCCUUCUGGUUGCUAUGGCCGAGUAGCACCACGUUCUGGCUUAGCUGCAAAGCACUUCAUAGAUGUUGGUGCUGGUGUUAUUGAUGAAGAUUACAGGGGAAAUGUUGGUGUGGUACUCUUCAACUUUGGCAAGGAGACUUUUGAAGUUAAGAAAGGGGAUAGGAUUGCCCAGCUCAUCUGCGAACGCAUUUUCUAUCCUGAGCUUGAAGAAGUUCAAGCUCUAGAUGAUACAGAACGUGGUGAAGGUGGCUUUGGUUCUACAGGAAAGAACUGAAAAUUAUUUUCUGUGUUGUUGCUUUUUUGUUACUCCUAAAUUUUCAAUUGAGUUAGGAGUGGGAUUUAGAUGUACAUAAAAAUAAUCUCAAGUUUUAUACAACAUUUCUGUACUUGUGCUCCUUUCUAUGUUUAUAGGCAGUUAACUCAGCUGCAUUAUGGGGGAAAUGUGCAUGAAUGACUUGAUCAAUUGGUUGAUGAUUUAUUUUUUGUAGCUUUUUGGUCCUCAGUAAUUAGUACUUGUAUGUGCUGAUUAUACUGCAAUAAAUUUAAAAAUAAUUUAACAAUGUGAUUUUAUUUUACUUAUCCUUGGUUUAGUUACCUAAACAGAAAUGGCUGAUUGUUCCCUUGCCAGUUUGUGUUAAUCUUCUGAAACCCAGUUUUCAUGUAUCUCAGUAUUUCAUGCUGAGAGCUUAUUUCAUAAAGAAUCGUUGAUACUACAGCUACCAGUAUGACUUCCUGCUCUUACCUAAAUCAGAAUAAGGUGAAGAUGUUUACUAUUGCAUCUUCUAUCUGUCAAAAAUGCAUGUUUCUGCUCAAAGCUAAUGUUCUGGCUUUGAUCCUUAGCUAGUCCUCAAACAGUCAUUUUUUCAGCUCUCUAUUAAUAGAGCAGGCAAUAUAAUGUUUGAUCUAAGUAACACAGCUCAUCUGGAGAUUACUUCGUUAU